UUUCCUCUAUUUUACUUCAUCGGUCAUUCGUAUCAGAUUGACAGUAAUGCCAUAAAUACUUUCAUUCUCCUUUGCAGCAAUCACCUCUGAGUUCAAAUGAAAUUUUUCAUUGCUUUAUUGUUGUCAAAACUUCUUUAUUCACAGAAACUCAUUCCUUAGCAGCAAACUUUUAGAAACAACAGCAUGUAUGAAAUGAUACAUCGAGCACUGGAGUAGGAAGCCUCUCUUGCCUCAGUUAUCACUGGGACAAAUAAUAGGGGCAGGUGUUGCCCUCCCAGCUUCUGCCUGCACUAUGAAUGCCUUGAGAUCCAAUGGAAAUUCCUGCUACUCAACAUUUUGAGCCAUUAGGUGAGGCAUCUGACUCAGUCUGUUAAAUCCAAAGGAUGAUUUUUUUCCAUUGAUUUCAACAGCUCUGCAUCUGGUCUGAGGCAGCUGCCUGGAACUGUAAAGCUAUUCUAUGUAGAGGUGAAGAUUUGUUUCCUGGACAUCGCUUCUGCCUUGAACUUUCACUAGCCUUUGGCACAAAACAAUACAAGAUAAAACAUAACAAAAACACCUGGCUUUUGUGUUGAGUCUGGUGUACAGUGUCUGUGAAGAUUUCUUCUGUCAAAUAAGGCCUGCUGCCAGUGGGGAAAAUGGGAAAUAAGCCAUAUUUGCGCACACCUGAAUUGUUUUAAAACUCAGACCCUGACACUAAUGGCUGUGAUACAGAAAAAGAAGGUAUUGGUAUUGUGUACAUCAGCAGAAUUGAAUCUGCUUAGCUUUUCCCCACUGAAAGCUGGCACUAGAAUGAAUAGCUUUUCUGUUUGGAAAACUCCUGAUGCAAAAUGCAGUCAAUUCACACACCAGCAACAGGCAUGCUUUCAACUCUCCUCUAGUGAAAUUCUUACCUACAUAUAUCUAAGAGCUACCACAUUAGAUAGGUACAUUAACCAUUUACUGAGGUGCAGGCAUGCAAAUUAUCAACAGGCACAAGCUGGCUGAACCAGUGCCUGUUCUGACAACAGGGAGACUGCCUGAUCAUGGGAGGAGAAAGGCUCUGGAACAGCUCUUUGGCUGGAGGCCAAAAGUCUGACUUUCAAGUGUCUGUGAGGAGCGUUGUCUCUCUGCUCCUUCAAUCUGUCUGUCAGGAAUAACUGUUUGCUAACAAGCUUAAUGUCUGUAACUGGACUUGUACGUGUUUUCAGGGUUGUGCUAGUUACUGCCAUAAUGGAACCUUUCCCAGUAUCACAUGCACUCAAAUGAAGCGUUAGCAUCUUCAAGGAAUUUACACAAUGGAAAACAUACUGAUGCUGGCAGAAAACAUACCUGGUUAGGUACAUUUUACAAGGUUUGUACAACAUCAUUUAUUUUCCCUUCUAAGUGAAAUACAUAGGCAUCUGUCCCACAGCCUUCCAGAUAUAUUCAGUGCCCUUCACGGUCCUGAAAGAAUGAAAGUACUCAAUAUUGGCAAUUACUGGGCCUUGAAGUUGUGACUUUUUUUUUUUCCCUGUUAUAUGUAUUAAAAGGAAAAAGAAAAUGGAACCAAAUUAGUAAGAGAAUGUGGAUCCUAUUCUCAACAGGAGAAUAACAAAGAGGACAGUCCGGCCUCUGGCCUUGAAGUGUGCAAUACUGUGUGCAAUAGCUAAAAAGAAAGAAUAACACAAGGUGUGCCUGGGCCUCACCCAGAGCCCAGUGAAGUAAGUAGAAACUCUGGCUGCAAUGAACAAAUACAUUAAGUCUUCCCUCUGCAACAGCAUAAAAUUUAUAAAGGGAAAAGGGCAAUCUCUCAGCUAAUCCCUUCUGCCCCACAAGAGGUUUCUGUCUCUCCUACUUGCUAGCAACCUGAGUAAAUAAGCUGGCAUCAGUAGGAAGGACACUGCAGUCCAGCUUGCACUGAGAUUGUUUUUCAAUAGCUCUAUGGACUUCUUUUCCAACUGAACGGCAUCUGGAUGCUAGAUUCUGCAGAGAUCUGUAUCACAUCUCUGCAAAUACACUUGCUGAAAAUAGUUAACUUUCAUGUACUUUGGUAUUUUCUGCCUUAAAUUAUACGGAAAAAAUACGACUUUUUUUCCAUCUGAUUGCAUUUUAGAUAAAUACUAAAAUCCAAGAAUACUUGGAAUAAUGAGUCACCAAUCAGGGGGAGGAAGAUAAAUGUUAUAAAACAGUGUCUGGCAUGUAUUAAACCACUACUGGACUGUCAAAUCCAGAAUCUUAAAUGGCAAAUAUGUUUAGUUUCUAUUCUUAAAGGAAAACACUACAAUUUUUAAAAUAUCAGAAUCAUUUUGUCUGGAAAACCUUGGAGUUCUCUUUAAUUAUUUCCAAGUCAGUAUCAAAGUUACAUGUCCUUGUCUGUGUGAAGUGGAAGCUUAGUGAUUUCUUCACUCCCUGCUUCUCCAGUGGUUUGGGUGUUAGAUUCAUUCAUUCACCACAUGGUAACCAGCUGACAUUCACAAGCUGGCUCUCAACUGCAGUAAGCCUGGGAGCUAGACUCACAGCUGGGUCCUCUCAUUUUCCUUGAAGCUGGAUGGAACAGACAAAUCAACAGCAGGAAAUUUACAUUUAGUACUAGUGAUGAAUGUUACUAUUUGGAAUUCAACUAUUUCCAAAUCCAUGGAUGCUUACUGAGGCAGCAGCUACACAAACACAUAUGCAAAGGCAGGGUUCUCCAAAGUCUGCACUUUUGACUUGUUUAUACAAACAAAAACAACCCAAGGACUUAAGUUACAAGCCUUCUUUACUUAUUUGGUGUGUUUCGAUGCCUUCCAGGAGUGGAUUAGCAGUGCUGUGGAAAAAAGCUGUAUAGCUACAAUGGGUCACAUUACUCAGCAAGCACACCCCAUGCACGGUCACUGCAGCCAGAGCAGAUUUGUGUUGCCUGUUUCACCCUACCCUUGCUUUGUAACUUUGGGGUCAGAGCAGAUAUUUUCUGACAAUUUGGCACAGGAACUCUCUUGAAGAGCAGUUUUGGUAUGGUAGAAGAAACAGCUGCUUACUUUCUUCACUGUGGUACAGUUUCCUGGGAUAAUUCCUUGUUGUGUGUCAGGCUGGUGGACAUUCAUUCCUUUUUAGUUUUUCUCCUUUCUUUUUCAACUGACUUCUGGUCACACAUCUGCUUUACCAACAUACAAAGUCUGUAAUCUUCCUGCUCUGAAUGAGUAAACUGGAGCCAGUUGAGCCUCUUGUGAAAGAAAGAAAGUUGGUGGGACAAGAGUCUGUUUUCCCUGAGCUCUUGCCAGGAGACAAAUGAAAGGCAGAACUGAGAUCUCUACAAGUGUUUGCAACAAUUCAUGAAUUGUGCAACAGAGGUGAGACACUUUCACAUGGGCACUGCAGCAUCAGGCACUUGAGAGGAAAACUUUGCACCUCAGUACUCAAAAGCACUCCAAAGGCAGCUUAACCAGGAGUAUUCUGGCUGGGAAAUACAAGAGCCAGGAAAGAAGGCCCAGAGACUACAGACAUGUUAAAAGAGGGCUAGGCAGAUUAGGGAGAUGAUAGAUAAGUGUUUAGAAAUACAAACAAGACAUGCGAAAGCUAGUGCACGGUAGCUUGCACAAUACCAGCCUGGAUAUGCAACAGGACAACAGUGGUGUUUGCCAAGAAAUUGUCAGAGGGAGAGAAGGUUCUGGAGUGGUCUUUGAGGGAAAGGAAAAAAAAAAAUACAGGAUUAAGAACAAAAAUGACAUGAUGGAGAGGGCCAGUAGAAAAGGAAAGCUACCAAGGACAGAAGGACAGAUGUAUUUUGGCAGACAAGGAAAGAUAUUGCUAAAUUGCAAGACAGAUAGAUCCUGUCUAGGACUGAAGACGUAUGUGUUAAGUUGUAAGAAAAGGAAGGGUUAAUCCGAUGACUGUGCACACAAUUCUACUGCUGCUCACACCUCAGCCACAAGGACAACGAUAAACACAUUCCUUUGCUGUAAAUGCAGAAGGUCUUCAAAAGACUUGUCUCAGUUGUUCAACUCAAAUUCUAGGACAUACUUUGUCUCUUACAACAAGCCUCUCUCUGGUCCAUAGCAUGGUAUGGGUACUUGUUCACCAGCACGAGACUGAGAUUGCCUGAACAUGAAAAAUCAGUGCAUGUCAUUGAGUUCAAUAGAGAUAUAGUAAUUAUUUUCACCUAAUAAUUAAACAAAACAAGUGAAAAGCAAAGACAAUUAUUUUUGUUGCACUCACUGGAAACGCUACUGUGAACUGAUAUUACAAAACCACAGGAAAGAGCAAGUUAAAAGGACACACGUAAUGGUGGGGUUUUAAUUCAGACCACGCAAUUUAAUUAUGCAUUACAUUAGAUCAAAGGGAAACUGAAUUUUAAAAAAUAAUAAUAAUAUCUGCUGGAUUGCAGAGGAUGGAGUUCCUCUUCUUAAAAGCUCCGGAAAGACUGAGGCUGUAUCAAUCAGAACAGAAAAACCAAGAGCAAGGAUAAAUGGAAGGUUAAGUGCACAGGGCUGGGGAACACCCUACCCACUUUUUAAAAGAAAACUAUUAUAAACCGGAUGGCUUUGUGUUGAUGGAUCUAUUGAAAGGGAAAAACACCGAUCUACAUCCAGACAGAGGCUUUCUGCCUAUACAUUUACCCUGAUGCAUGCAACCGUCUUGUAUUUCCAUAUGGAAACACUGACGCUAUUUCUCUGCACUCUGAUUUCUCUAACAGAAAGAAGAACGGUGCGAUUCCCAAAGGGAUGCCUAACAAUUCAUUGUUAAACUCUCCUUUAGCCCGGGAAAAGACACUAAUCCAAUACAGCUUCUCGUUUCUGUCCAACAGGGGAACGGAACAAAAGCACAAGAAGCAAAUCUACAGAAAAAUUAAAUUCCUUCCCGGUGUAACUGCAGGCAAUACGUCCCAGAGCUACGUUUAGCCCGUGCCUUUUGCUGCACUGAACGCCAAAUGCCGUGCACGUCCGCUCCUGGCGGCCAGAGCUCAUUGCUCAUCGGAGGUGCUUCUUUCCGAGCAGGGUUUCUCGGGGCAGCGCUCACGGCAGGACGGCAGAGCGUGUGAGUGAAGGCCGCCCCGCGCUUCUCAGCGCACCGCGGGCGAAGGACGGCUGGGGCCGCCGCCAAUCCCUCAGCGCGGAGUCCGCCCUAAAGCCGCAGUUGGAUUAGCUCCGUCCCUCACCCCGGGGCGUGCAGUAUGCCCUGCCCUGCCCUGCCCUGCCCCGGCCGCGGGGCUCAGCCCCGACUUAGCACGGCGAUCCCGCUCCCCGUCCCCGCAUCCCCUCAGCGCAGCCCGCCCCACCUGGCCGCGAGGCGCCGCCCGUGACGUCAUGGAAACACCCUCGCCUUCAACGGCCGGGCGGUAAUAACGCCCCUCCCGGGCGGGAGGAGGAAGGCCAAUGCGAUCUUCCCAUUGGCCGAGGCGGCUGUCAAUCCGGAGCGGCGGUCCCGCCCCCGGCCCCUCUCGGGUUCGUCCCCGCGGAGCCGAGCCGGCGUGCCGAGCCGUGGUGCCGCUCCGCGCGCUCCCGCUCUUUCGGCGCAAUCAGAGUCGUGCUUUGCGCUCGCGGUCGCCGCUCCCGCCCGACUCCUUCUAUCCUCCUUCUUCCCUGGGGCCGGUAGGCGUGGGGCUCAGAUCCAGCAGCAGACUCGCAUGAGCUUCCCAGGUGUUGCUUAAUGGAAUUGCUUGGACUUCUACCACUCUAAAAGAAGAAGAGAUUUGUAUUCUACACGGUCAGCUCUGAGGGACUCCCCACUCAUUGAAUUUCUAUGGGAUGCAGAUCAUGCUACUGGAAUGCAUUUGGAUAAAGGAUAUGUUCUGCAUUUCUCUCAGGAGUCUUCGAAUACAUUUGCUUAAUUACCUUUUAAUGACAUUCUAAGUGAGCUGAUGUGAAAUAAAUGACCUUGAAUCAUGAGUGAAGAAAAAAACUUUGGUGUACCCCAGAAAAUGUUGUCUCCUUCAAGAAGUACUAGCAGCUGCUCCUCUAAGCAGGGAAGUCGACAGGACAGCUGGGAAAUUGUAGAAGGACUCCGGGGAGCAAUGAAUUGUACCCAGGAGCCACAGAAACAGGAAGGCUGCUUGCUGAAAAAAAGAAAAUGGCCUUUGAAGGGCUGGCACAAGAGAUACUUCUUUUUGGACAGAGGGAUUUUGAAGUAUUCUAAAUGCCAAGCUGAUAUAGAGAGAGGGAAACUUCAUGGCUGUAUUGAUGUCGGACUUUCUGUCAUGUCUGUAAAGAAAUCAACAAAAUGUAUAGACUUAGAUACCGAAGAGCAGAUAUAUCAUCUGAAGGUGAAAUCUCAGGAGCUGUUUGAUGAAUGGGUUGCAAAGCUUCGUCAUCACAGGAUGUAUCGUCAGAAUGAAAUCUCCAUGUUUCCUCAUGACAUCAAUAAUCUUUUCUUCCCAGUAUCUACUACUGUGGACUCUGGCCCUGGGCUGUGUGAUUUGACUCCAAGUAGAAAGGCAGGAAGCUUGACCAAACAAAACUCACUGUCGGCUGGCGGUAACUUGUCAUUUUCCUUUUCAAGUAAUGAGUCCAGGAUUCCAUCUUGGCUACAGUCUUCUGAAGACAUGGAAAAAUGCUCAAGAGAUCUCUCCACUUGUCAUGCAUAUUUACUGGAAAUGAACCAGCUGUUACAGAGCAUGGAUGUCCUUCACAGGACCUAUUCAGCACCUGCUAUAAAUGCUAUGCAGGUUGGACCUUUUGAAAGCCCAAAGAAGGAAAAGAGAACACAUAGGAGGUGGCGAUCUAGAGUUGUUGGGAAAGAAGCUAAAGGAACAUUACAGGUGCCUUCAGUAUUUUCUGCCCCUAUGAGACUACAUGCUUCCAAUCCUAACUUAUCUACAAUAGAUUUUGUAGAAGAGAAAAACUACUCUGAUGGCUCUGAAACAUCAUCAGAAUUUACUAAAAUGCAGGAGGACUUAUUUCAUAUUGCACAUAAAGUUUACUUCACCUUGAAGUCAGCUUUCAGCAGCAUAUCUACUGAGAGAGAAAAGCUGAAGCAGAUGCUGGAGCAUGAGGCAUCAUCGUCUCCAUCUGCACAAAUAGUUGGCUUGAAGAAUGCCUUAACGUCUGCAAUAGCACAAAACACAGAUCUAAAAGACCGGUUACGCAGAAUACAUGCCGAAUCUAUGAUCCUUGAUUCAGCAUCUAAUGCAAAAUCAAGUCCAGAUUUGGUGAAGGAAAAUUCAAGAGAAGAAAACAGAGGUCUGGUUCACCAGAUCUCCAAUGAAAGCAGACUAUCUAUUGCUGACUCUCUUACAGAAUUUUUCGAUGCACAGGAAGUCCUACUGUCUGCUAGCUCUUCAGAAAAUGAGGUAUCAGAUGAUGACUCAUACGUAAGUGAUAUCAGUGAUAAUGUCUCAGAAGAUAACCUAAGCAAUGACAUAGAGAACGAAAGACAAACUUUAGACUGUAUUUCUGAAAGUGGAAUUGGAUGCCAUUCUAAACGGAGAACAUGUUUACCAGCUCCGUGUCCCAAUACUAGUAACAUCAGCCUGUGGAAUAUCUUAAGAAACAACAUAGGAAAGGAUCUCUCUAAAGUGGCCAUGCCUGUGGAAUUGAAUGAACCACUUAACACCCUUCAGCGUCUCUGCGAGGAGCUGGAAUACAGUGAGCUACUAGAUAAAGCAGCUCAUACACCUAACCCAUUUGAACGGAUGGUGUAUAUAGCUGCGUUUGCAGUAUCUGCAUAUGCAUCCAGUUACUACCGAGCUGGAAGUAAGCCAUUUAAUCCUGUUCUUGGAGAAACCUAUGAAUGUAUUCGUGAAGAUAAGGGUUUCCAGUUCUUUGCAGAACAGGUCAGUCACCAUCCACCUAUUUCUGCAUGCCAUGCUGAAUCUGUGAAUUUUGCUUUUUGGCAAGAUGUAAGAUGGAAAAACAAAUUCUGGGGAAAGUCCAUGGAAAUUGUCCCCAUUGGUACAACACAUGUAACUCUUCCAGCUUUUAGAGACCAUUUUGCAUGGAACAAGGUGACAUCUUGCAUCCAUAACAUCUUAAGUGGACAAAGAUGGAUUGAACACUAUGGAGAGAUCAUCAUCAAAAAUCUUAAUGAUGACACUUGUUACUGCAAAUUGACUUUCAUAAAGGCAAAGUAUUGGAAUCCAAAUGCACAUGAGAUCGAAGGCAGUGUCAUGGAUAAAACUGGGAAUGUUGUGCAUCGACUCUUUGGGAAGUGGCAUGAAAGUUUGUACUGUGGGACAACUUCAUCUUCAAAUUGCAUAUGGAGAGCAAAUCCAAUGCCUAAAGAUUAUGAACAGUGGUAUGGAUUUACUCAAUUUGCAUUGGAGUUAAAUGAACUGGACCUGCAAACAAGGUCAUUACUCCCAUCCACUGACACACGCUUUAGACCAGACCAAAGGUUUCUAGAAGAAGGGAAUAUUGAAGCAGCUGAAAUGCAAAAACAGAGAAUUGAGCAGCUACAGAGAGAACGACGGAAGGUGCUGGAAGAAAACAAUCUGGAGCAUCAGCCUAGAUUUUUCAGGAAAUCCAAAGAUGACUCCUGGGUGAGCAAUGGAACCUACAUGGACCUUAGAAAAGAACCGGGUUUUUGCAAACUGGACAAUCCUGUCCUCUGGUGAAAGAGGAGCCAAGUGAAGAUAUUCCAUGCUGUAUUCCUGGAUCUGAUUUUAAAAAAGUAUAUAUAUAUAU